AUUCCUUUCUUGUCAUCAACCUGCAGAAUGUCCGUCACAGUGAAAGCUACCAUCGCCUCGUUUGGCGGACAGCUCUUGAAGCUGUCUCAUAAAGCUGAAACAACAGGAUGCGAGAUGGCUUUCAACCUAUAUCUCCCACCACAAGCGAUAAACAAAUCGGGCUCCAGCAUUCCCGUUUUAAUUUACCUCUCUGGGCUGACGUGCACAGCCGAAAAUUGCUCGGAGAAAGGCUUCUUCCAGCAUGGAGCAAGCAAGAAAGGAAUUGCUGUGCUAUAUCCGGAUACCAGCCCAAGAGGGCUUAAUAUCCAAGGAGAAGAUGAUGCAUACGACUUUGGGUCGGGCGCCGGAUUCUACGUGGACGCUACAAAGGCACCAUGGGAUAAGGGAUACAAAAUGUACAGUUAUAUAACGGAAGAAUUACCCAAGACCGUAUUCGCCGCCUACCCACAACUGGACUCGCGCCGAGUUAGCAUCACGGGCCACAGCAUGGGAGGCCAUGGAGCGUUGACAUUGUACCUUAAGAAUCCCGGAAAAUACAAGUCGGUCUCCGCCUUUGCUGCAAUCUGCAACCCUAUCAACUGUCCCUGGGGUCAGAAGGCAUUUAAGGGCUACUUCGGAGAAGAGAAUGCGCAGAAAUGGAAAGAACACGAUGCCACGGAGCUGAUAAAACAAUGGAAGGGAGGUCCUCUAGAUAUCCUUAUCGAUGUGGGCACGGGUGACAACUUCUAUAAGCAAGGCCAGCUGCUCCCUGAGAACUUUGCUGAGGCGGCUAAACAAGCUGGUCUUGGGUCCGGUGUGCACAUCAGAUACCAACCAGAUUAUGAUCAUAGUUACUACACUAUGGCUACCUUCUCAGAUGACCAUAUCGAGCAUGCUGCAAAGUAUUUGCUCGCAUACGAUAAUGUAAAACAGCAAAAGCUAUGAUGCAUGCAUAGCGAAUACAGGACCAAUAAAUCUAGGAAGUAAAAACUCCAGAUAAUCAUUCAGUGACAAUCAGUCUAGAUUAAAU